AUGGACAAUGACUUCCUGAAACACCUGACGAGCCAGGUGAGGGAGAUCGUGGACUCCAUGUACCCGCAAGAGUUCGGUGCUGGCUCCUGGGUCAUAAGGGAAGGAGACGCCGGGUCACACCUAUACGUGUCAGCCAUGGGGGAACUGGAGGUAGUGAAGGAUGGAGAUAUGUUAGGCCGGAUGUCGUUCAAGGCCUCGGAGCUGGCCAUCCUCUACAACUGUACCAGAACCGCCAGCAUCAAAGCCGUGACCCAUGCCAAGGUGUGGGUGCUGGACCGCCGGGUGUUUCAGCAGGUGAUGAUGCGGUCCGGCCUCAAGCGUCUAGAGGACAACAUCAACUUCCUCUCCAGUGUGCAGCUCCUCCACAACCUCAACAAGGACCACCUCACCAAGAUCGCUGACGCCCUCGAGGUGGAUUUCUAUGCCCCUGGGACCUACGUGAUCCGGCAAGGCACCAGUGGGGACUCCUUCUACAUCCUCCGCUCUGGGAAGGUGCGCGUCACACAGCGGAUACCUGGGAAGAGUGAGGAGGAAGAGAUACGGGUGCUACAGAAGGGGAGUUAUUUUGGGGAACAAGCAUUGCUGAAAGAGGAAUGUCGCACCGCCAAUGUCAUCGCCAUGGCUCCUGGGGUAGAAUGCCUCACCCUGGAUAGAGAAUCAUUUAUCCAGCUUAUCGGUGACCUGUCAGAGCUACGUGAUAAGGACUACGGGGACGAAACUCGUGGCGUCACCAGACCCAUUACAGGACCUCAUAAUGUUGAUGCUGUGGCAGAAUACGCCUACAUACGACUUGAUGACCUUGAUGUUGUUGCAACACUGGGAGUUGGCGGGUUUGGACGAGUAGAGCUGGUACAAUAUGCCCAUGACAAAGCCAUGACUUUUGCCCUUAAGUGCCUUAAGAAACAGCACAUCGUUGAGACACAGCAACAAGAGCAUAUUUUUUCAGAGAAGCGGAUUAUGAUGGCAGUCCGCAACCCAUUUGUGGCAAGAUUGUACAAGACUUUUCGUGACAACAAGUAUGUUUACAUGAUGAUGGAGGCGUGCCUAGGAGGCGAGGUGUGGACACUUUUACGUGACCGUGGGUGGUUUGAGGACCUCACCGCUCGGUUUUAUACUGCCUGUGUGGUGGAGGCCCUCGAGUAUUUACAUGCCAAGAAUAUCAUUUACAGAGAUCUCAAGCCAGAAAAUCUCUUGUUAGAUUCUACGGGAUAUGCAAAGUUGGUCGAUUUUGGGUUCAGCAAGAAACUUGGACCCAGUAGCAAAACAUGGACUUUCUGUGGCACUCCAGAGUAUGUCGCACCAGAGAUCAUUCUUAACAAGGGCCAUGACAAAGCCGUUGAUUAUUGGUCAAUUGGCAUCCUCAUGUAUGAGCUACUGACAGGAACGCCACCUUUUACAGCUUCGGACCCCAUGAAGACAUAUAAUAUAAUCCUGAAAGGUAUUGACAUGGUGGACUUCCCACAACAUGUAACUCGUAAUGCUAUCUCAUUGAUCAAGAGGCUGUGUCGUGAGAGUCCAGCAGAAAGACUUGGUUAUCAGCGAAGUGGCAUUCAAGACAUCAAGAAACACAAAUGGUUCCUAGGUUUUGACUGGGAUGGCCUAAAGGCAAGGUCCCUCCAACCACCUAUAAUUCCAAAGAUUCGUGGCCCUGCUGAUGCCAGCAACUUUGACUCUUACCCUCGAGAUGUUGAUGUUCCAGGAGAUGAACUCACUGGAUGGGAUCUGGAUUUUUAAGGAUUCUUGUGAAGUUUCACAACAAUGAGUUUUUUCAUAUUUGUGAGUCUAAGAAGUGCAUCAGUUUCUUUUCCAUUUGGAAUAAUAGAAAACAAAAGGUAAACUUCAUUGCCUUUAAAUAAUAAAUCUCUUUCUAGAGUGUCGUGUACAUAAUUAGAAAAUUUAUAUGAGAUAAGAAUGAACUGAGAAAAUAUAACUGUUUGAUCAUAAAUUUCUCAUUUUAUGAACUUUGAAAUUUCAAACAGAUUUUUAUCAGCCUUUCUUACAGAGGUUUGCAGAACUAGUGUCCUUGUGCAUAACAGGAUAUUAAUCCUAUGCUGGUACUUUUGAAGAGAUUAAGACUAGUACAGUACAGUGUUAUUCACACCCGUGUCUGCUACCUCCUGAUAAAACUAUUUUUGGCUUGGUUUUGGUAUGUUCGCAAGAAUUUCGUGCUAAUAGCACCUGUGUGAAGUGUUUACUGCUCUGACCACCUCAGUGAAGUGACUGCUAUGUGUACAGCAAUGUUCACAUGUUUCUUUUAGUAUAUGAAGAAAAUCUUUUAAAAUACUUAUAAUAAAAAAUAUUCAAGGACAUAACCCAUAUUGGACUGUAUUAUGAAAAGCUGUAUCUUAUUUAUUAGUUAAUUGUAUUGCUCUUAAGAGUGUUCAGAAUUUUUAUGUUUAACAAUACAGUACUUGUGUUUGACUAUGUUUACAUGUAAGUUUAGUAGCAGUACUUCUCUUAAGCAUGCUUUACUAAAAGUCCUCAACUCAAUUCUCUUUAUCACUUAAUACUGAUUUUUUUCCCACUGCCCAAAGAUCCUUUCUUCUUUAUGGGAAUAUAUCAUUCUGUUUCCACCAUGACACCUUCAGGAGGGGUACAAGGUCGGGUUAGGUCAAGUCAUCAAUAUAUAUACUGUAAAUAUAAUAUGGCAUCUCAAACAUGUCAUAAAUAUUUGUGCAUUAGUGACUCUACCAUGUGUUCUUUGGUUAGCUUAUCCUACAUAGCUGUCACUUGUGUUGCCACACAAAACACAUAAGCCACACUACAGUGCACCUUCAGCAUGGUGUAUUCAAGUAACACAGUAACACAGCAUUGGCCGAACUAGACAAUACAGUACUCAAUAGAUCCAACGUAAAUAACUAACUCAUAUUCAAGAUGUCAAACUCUUCCCUAUAACAAGUCCUUAUAAGAUAAACUAAAUCCAACCUUUAACUAAUGAACUGAGUAAACCUGCACCAUGCAGCAGUUUUACUUUUACAAUAUCUGGCUUCAGUGGAUAUUUAUACCAUCUGAAGUGACCUUGUAUCACUCCUGAAGAUAUCCUUAUAGAAAUAGGGUAAUAUGUUGAGACCUGCAGAGAAUCUCAUCAUUAACCUUCCCCCAAGAAACAGGACAACAUUUACAGGUACAGUACAGUAAUGGAAAUACCCAAACACAAUGUUAGGGAAGAUGUGUAUUGUGGUUAUUGGAUGGAGUACAAUAGUCUUAUGAGGAGUGCUCCCUGUCUAUACAAAAUUUAUACCUAUAAAUGACCUUUCAAUUCCUAAAUGUUUAGUGCACCUAUUUUUAUUAUUUAUAAAAUGCUUUCAAUGUAGGUAUUAUUACCUUUCUUAUGCAUUUUAGUGUAUACAGUACAGUACAUAUUGUACAGUUCUGUACAAUGGUCAUAUACAGUAAUUCCAACACUAUACAGUACAAUACAUGGACACU